AUGGCAACCAAAGAAGGCGCCCCGCCGUCGAGUCGCGAGCGGCCUGCCACCAUCACCACCCCGAGGGCACCCACGAGUAACGGCAACGGACACCUCGAAGUCGACGACAUGCCAGAGUCACCCAUCCACCCUAUCCAGGAGGACUUGAUGGCCCUGGCCAGACUGGGCGAACUACGAUCCAUCCAGAAGCUCUUUGACAGCGGCAAGGCAUCGGCCACAUCAGCAGAUCCCCAAGGCAUCACAGCCCUGCAUUGGGCUGCUAUCAAUGGACACUACGCUCUGUGUCACUACCUUCUCGAAGCCGGCGCAAACGUGGACGCAAAAGGCGGCGACGCAGAGGCAACCCCCGUGCUAUGGGCUUCCAAGCGCUGCCACCUGGAUGUCGUCAAUCUCCUUCUCCAACAAGGCGCUGACCCUCUCCUGACCGACGACCAAGGAUACAAUCUUUUACAUUCGGCCACUCUGGAUGGGAACGUCUUCCAGCUUAUUCUUCUACUACAUCAAGCAGAUGUACCCGUCGAUAUUCCCGAUUCGCAAGGACAUACAAGUCUCAUGUGGGCUGCUUACAAGGGCUUCCCUGCCUGUCUGGAUGUUCUGCUGAAAUGGGGGGCCGAUGUGCACGCAAGAGACGAUUUGGGUUUUACCGCAUUACACUGGGCCCUGGUCAAGGGCAGCUACAACUGCAUUCAAAAACUCCUCGAAUACGGUGCCGAUCGAUUUGUCGCAAACAACGAUGGCAAGACUCCCGAGGUCACUGCAAGCGACAUGAAUUCGACACGCCAAUGGCACCGCGCCCUCUCAGACAGCGGCUUCGAUCCGUCAGGCAAUCCUCGUGUCUUCCCCUUGGCUUUUGUCAAAGACACCAAAGUCUUCCUGGAUAGAUUCUUCUUCUGCUGGCCCUUUGUCGUUAUUGGAGUCACGUUGUACAUUCUGUCCAUCAUGCCGGUAUACUUCGGCCUACCUAUUUCUAUGAUCACAUCAUACCUUUUGCAAUUAGCGUCGCAGAAGUUGCUCAAGUGGGCACCUAAUGACAUGAAACAUAUGCAUAAAACGCCAUUCUUGGCCGGAGUUUUUGCAGCAACCUUAGCGUGGGUGGGCAUCAGAUACAUCACUCACGUUCUUCCCACCACCUUUUCAAGCCACUUCUUCCUCAACUUGUUCUUCGUCGCCGCAUUCGGCCUUUGUGCAUACUACUACUUUACGGCCAUGCUCAUGGAUCCUGGUUAUAUCCCUCGCUCGGCAUCUCGCGGACAACAGAAAGCGACCAUCGAAGAGCUCAUCGAGGCCAAAGCCUUUGACGAACACCACUUUUGCACAAUGUGCAUGAUCAGAAAACCACUACGGAGCAAGCACUGCAGGCGGUGCAAUCGUUGCGUGGCAAGACAUGAUCAUCAUUGCCCUUGGUUGAACAACUGUGUAGGCGUCAACAACCACCGAGCCUUUGUCCUCUACAUCAUUUUCCUCCUCACCGGCAUCGCUUUCCUCGUCCAACUCACGCUAGCCUACCUCGCGCUCCUCCCCACACCAGACCCCUCAUCCACCAACUGCGCAGUCCUAAAACCAGAAUUCUGCGCCCAAUGGUCCAAAGAUCCUUUCACUAUCCUCGUAAAUGGAUGGGGCAGUGUUCAACUAACAUGGACAAUAAUGCUUCUCUUCGUCCAACUCACUCAAAUCGCCCGCGCAAUGACGACUUGGGAAGCCAUGCGCAAUAACCACGCUGGUCCACUAGUCACUGCACUCACCACGGGUUCUACGUCGCAAGAAGGCGGUAGCAUUGGCUCUUCAGGCGGCGGGCCCAGGACAGGCGUCCCUCGCACAAACACUGGCCCCGAGUCUUGCUUUGCGCAGUGGAAGCGUCUACUAGGCGUCGACACCUUCGUCGCAACUGCUCUCCACGGCUCCCGCGCCCAAGAAGUCCUUGCUCAACGGCGAGAGAACCCUUUUACCAAGGGUGUCGCCCGCAACUGCUCAGACUUCUGGUUCGACGGUGAGGGUGGCGGUGCGGUAUCCAUGUUUGGAGCUAAAGAGUUGGGCAUGGGUUUGCUGGGUGGCAUCAAAGUGGAUUAUAGGAGAUUGUUUGAUUUGCCGAGAGGUGCUGAGGAGGUUUAA